AUGAAUAUGAAUAAUCCAUCAUCACAUUUUGUACUAUUUCCAAAUUCAAUUAAAAUCAAUAAAAAACGACAAGAAUUUUGGAAUGGUACACUUGUAGAUAAUUAUAAUUUUCUAAUGUCAGAAGAACUUAUUUGUCAGUGUAAGAACUCUUUGGAAGAACCAUUUUGUUCUUUAAAUGAUCUUGCUGUUCAUCAUGUAUCUUAUAAUGAAUUUGAAAAACAAUAUGUGGAAUUAUCUGAUUGGUGUGAGAAAAUUUCGGAUGUAAUUAAAAAGAUUUCAUCAAACACUUUAACUUGUUAUUUGCGACAGAGAUAUUACGAAGAAUUAUAUGAACAAGGUUUAAUGCGCUUACGAAUGUUUAAUCAAUAUUCAAAUAAAUUGAUUGAACGUUUUCCAGAUUUAAAUAUUGUUAUACAAACUAAGAUGAAAAUAAUUUAUAAAAUAUGGAAUGAACUUGAAGCACGUUUUAUUGGUUAUUUAGAUGAAGAUUUCGAUCGAAUUAUUCAAGACCUUCAUAAUGAAUUAUUUUUAUUUGAAGAAUGGAUUAUUACAAUUGAAGAACAAUUAGAAAGAUUUAAUUUUAUUCAAAAUGAUAAGAUUUCAUUAGAAGAUUUUCAAGAACUUAUGAAAUUACAAGAUGAAAUUAAAUCGAAGAACAGUCGUGUAUCAUCUGUGAUUGAAAUUUGUGACCGUUUAAAAGCUGAUUAUCAACAACAAAUUGAACAAAUUCCAUUUGAUUAUGCUAGUGAUCUUGAAAACAGAUGGCAUCAAUUAUGGAUUAAUUCAGUUGAAAUUCAAUGUAAACUUGAAGAAAGAUCUAAAACAGUGAAACAUUCAACAUCUUUUCCUUUAAUCGACGAAGACGAUAUAAUACCAUUUAAUUCAAGUGAAUAUGAAAAAAUUUCUUUAACAUCAUCUAAUAAUACAAGUAUUCAUUUGGAUAUUAAUUCUUCUUUAACUAAUCGUAAACGUUCAAGAUCACCUAGUAUUAAUAAUUAUAAUAUAUGUAAUAUAUCUUCGAAUUUAAAUAGAAAAAUGAUAAAAUCUAAACGACGUAUGUCAUUAAAUUUUUUACCUAAACUUUCACCUUCAACAUUUUAUUAUUCAUUAACAAAUAUUAAUGAUAUUGACGAUAAAAUCAUAAUAAAAAAACAAAAAAAGACAUCAUCAAAAUUAGAUAUCGGUUAUGCAAGUGAAGAUGAUUAUGACAAAAAACCAAUUUCAACAAUUAAAAAAUGUCAAAGUGAUAGUAAAAUUCAAUUAAAAUCAAAAACGAAUAUUCUAUCAUCAUUAACACAAUCAUUACCAUUACUUGAACAUAUUCAUUUGUUACCUAAAUGGUGGAGAUAUUCAACAACAUCAGCUUAUGAUACAUGUUCAAAUCCUGAUAUUGAUAUGAGUAUUGAAGAAACAAAAAAAACGAAACCAGAACCAUCUUUACUUAUGUAUAGUAAAAAAUAUACUAAAUUUAAAAAAUAUAUUGAACAAAAACCUACAUUAAUAUCAAAUUCAUAUGAUGCAAGUACAGAAUAUACUGAUCCUGAACCAUCAGAAGAUGAUGUUGAUACUUUAUCAUCAGAUUUAAUAUCAUUAUCACCUAUAAAUCAUUAUCAAAAUUCAGAUUCUUUAUUCUAUAAUCGAUAUACAAGAACAACAACAACAACAACAACUGGUUAUUCAUCAGAUAUUGAACUUGAAACAACGACAAUACCAUCUAAAAUUGAAGAUCAAUCAUUGUUAGAUUCAGGUGAAAUGUCUCAGAUGAACACUCAUGCAUUAAGUUUACCGCCGUCAAUAACUUCAAAUGAUGUCGAAUCAUUGAAUACAAUAACAAUACAUGAUAAAAUAGAAAGUUCUGAACCAUGUUGGGAUGGAUAUCAAAAUCCUCUUUUUUAUCCACUCAAUUCUCAAGAUAUGGAUUCAAUGGAAACAAUACUUAAAUGGGAUGAUCAAUUUUUCGAAAUAGAUCAACUAUAUAAUUCAACAUCCGAUGAUGAUAUACAUAUUCAUGAUAAUUUCAAUCGUCCUUCUUUGAGGAAUAACAAUAGUUCAUCAUUAUCAUUAAUAACAAGUAUAACAAACAAACAACAAUUUGAUUCAGAUUCUGAUUUAGAUGAUUUUAAUUAUGUUAUAAAUGAAAGUGAAAAACAAUUAUUUAAAACACGACAAAGUUUAGAAAAGAAAAAACGACAACAACAAUCUAUAUCAAUAUCCUAUGAUCGUAAUCAACGAAAAUAUGAUGAAAUACUUCGUACAUGUGAAACAAAUAUUCAAUGUUUACAAAAAAUUUUAAAAAAUCUUCAUCGAUCAAAUAAUUCUCGUCUUAACAAUAUACAAGCUAUUGAAUUAUUACAAAAAUAUUUAACCGCUUGGCAUGAUAUGCAACAACAAGUUAAUAAUGAUCGAAUAUGUGCACGUCAUUUAUUACAUAUAUCACAAGAAAUUAUUAAAUUAAAAUUACGUUUAGACGAAGAAUUAGCUCAUAUUAAUACAUCAUUUAAUCCUUCAUGGUUCGACAAUAAUUCAUUAAAUCCAUUAAAAGAUCAAAUUUCUUAUGAAAUUGAUUUAGAAAAAGAAAAUCGUCAAAAAUUAACUUCAUUUUAUACAGAUCUUCAUCUAGCUGAAGAACAUUUAAAAGAAUAUCGUAUGGCUUAUUCAGAUGUUUCAUUAUCAUUAAAUAUCGAUGAACAUUUACAUAGUAAUCGUUUAACACUUGAACAAUUUUCAAAUAAAAUGGAUUCAUAUCGAAAUCAAUUAUGUACAUUAUUAACAAUGAUUGAUAAUCUUUUAUCUAUUGAAAAUCAUAUUGAACAAAAAUUAACUUCUCUCGAUUAUCCAAUUGAACUUCAAGAAUUACAAACAUUAAUUGAUAAUUAUGAACAAAUGAUUCCAAUGAAUAAUUCUUAUUUAAUUAUUAAAAAUCAUUGUGAAUAUAAAUUAGAUAUAUAUAAAAAAAUGUUUAAUGAUUUAAUUCGUAAACAAGAAAAACAUGUUUCAUUUGAUAAUCCAAUUAAUUUUAAUAAUAAUAAUAAUUCAACAAAUAUUAAUUUAUCAACAUCAACAUCAUCAACAUCAUCUACACCACAAGAACAAUAUACAAAUCAUUCGAAUGAUAAUUUUCGAAAGAAAAAAACUAUAUUCAAUCAAUAUAGACAAACAGAAACACGAGAUAGUCAACAGAAAAACACAAGUAGUAAAACAUCGAAUAAACACAGUAAAACAUCAUCUUAUAUAUCCGACGAUUGCAAAGUUUUAUAUAUAGAAACAGUUAUUGAAGUACCUAAACCUGUCUUUUUUGAACAUACAACUAAUACAUUAUCAACAACAAAUACUGAAUAUCAUCAUCAUCAUAACAUUCCACAUAAUAAAUUAAAUAGUCAACAAACAUUAACAUCAAAUAGAAAUCAAUAUUUCAUGGAUACAACUAAUAAAAAUCAUGAUGGUGAUUCAACAGAUGAUGAUUUAUCUAAUCAACAUAUUAAACCGGUGAAUUUAACAACAACAACAACAACAAUUGAUCAUCCAAUAUCAGACGAUCAUUUCAAACAACAAGGUGAUAGUGGUAUUGAAUUAGAUCAAACAUCAUCAUCAUCAACAAUAUAUAAUCAACCAACAUUAAACGAUCGUUUAUUAUUUCCAACAACAAAUAGAAAUUUUGAUCAAACAUUACCAUCAUCACUUGUUCGUCGUGUACAAAACCAAAACAUAAAAAAAAAAGAAUAUUUUCUAGCAAAUGAAAAUCAAUUACGAUCGAAUUUAAAUCGAUUACCAUUACGUUCAAAUUUAAAUCGAUUACCAUUACGUUCAAAUCAACAAGAUACAUAUAGAAAUAAUUUAAAACAAAAAUGUUUUCGUUCACUUCUAAUUGGUCUAUUAAUUUUAUUCAUUUUAUUACUGAUUUAUUUAUUUGCGCUUGAUACAUGUUCACGAUCAGCAAUUUUUCGAAGAUUUUUUUACAAAAUUAUUUACAUUGAAAGUCAAGGAUUACCGACUAUUUGA